AUGUUACACGAAAAACUUGAAGAAUAUAACAGUGCCUUUGAAAAAAUCAUGGAAGAGCUUGAAGAGCCUGAAAUGCCAGAAGAUCCAAAAAGUUCUGCCCCGUCAACAACAGACGAAACCCCCAAAAAAACUAACAAGGCUGCCAGAGCUACCACAACUACCACCACUACUACUGCCAAUGAUAAUGGCAGCAACAUUGAUUCUGCUGAGCAAACAUUUAUCAUCAAAAAGACCUUGCUUGAACACAGUUCAGACUUCAUUGGUGGCAAAACAACUAUUACUUCUGAAAAUAUAGAAGCAGAAGCAAGCAAGGCUGUUGAACAAGCUCUCUCACCUGAAUGCUAUCCAGUCUUGGAUCAAUUAUUGCGACCGUACAUACAAGAAGAACAGUUAUAUGAGAAAUAUGAUAAAACGCAAAGUGCAUAUUUUGAGGCAAACAGGCAUAUUAUCAAGUCUGUUGUAGAUUACCUUUGUAAUCAGGCUGAGAGCAAACUUAUUACACCAGGCAAAAUCAGAAGAAAGGUUUUGCGUUAUAUUUCAAGCCAAAAGUUGAAAGGAAAGAAGACUGAUGAUCAAACUGCAGAAACAAACCGAGUUGGAUGUCUUUCCCAAAGACGUGUUCAGACACGAAACAAAAGAGCUUUAGCCUUAGAAACAAAUAGGGAAUACUUUGUCAAAACGUAUGGCGAGGGUCUUGAUGACUUUCUUCAUGCUGACUACAUGUCUGACCUGGAGACUGAUUGCGAAGUUGAAGACAACUGA